CGUGAUUGCGUCGCUGUUUUGCCGUCCUCGUCCUCGUCUUCAUCGGCCUCGUUUCCAUUGUCGUCAUUGUCGUCUCUGUCGCGUGACUCUGAUGGGACGGCAUCAUUAAGACACGAGAUGCGCGUUUCAAUCGUCCCGUCCGAUUCUACGAGAUCUCCCGAGGAUCAACUAGGUGAACUGGGUCAGGUGCCAAACGAAGCAGAGCGACCUGAUUGAUGCCUCGGAGAGAUCCGGUUCCGGAAACGGAGUGCUCCUCUUUUAGCCGCGAGCAAUUAGAAACGCACCCGGCACGACGGAUCGGGCCGCGCGCGGUGAAAAAUUGAUUCGCGCCACGACGAUGAGACGUGCGUUAAUUUGUCUAGCUCUCUCUAGCGAAAGCCUAUAUACGGGUGAUAAGUGGUUCUAGUUAAGGAAACUGUAUUAAUCGAUGCAUUUAUCGUGCUCCAGUUUCCGUCGAGUCGAGCCGGGCAAGAAGCAGUUGGCGAUUCAGGAGAGGCAGAGGAAACGACGGAACAGCAGACACAUGUAGCAUUCGGGCAUCAGUAUAAUGAAGCCGUCCAUGAAAAUGGGAGUGAUCGCCUUGAUAGGGAUCUUCGUAGUCUUUUAUCAAUAUCUCCUGUCCACCGGCAUUACUUUCGAUCAAGUAACGGUCUUCAAUGCCGAUACUUCCGCGAACGCUGCCGAGGAUUUGCCAGUCGGUGAGGAGGAUGAUAGCGAAACCCCAAGGCUCGCCGAAGAAAUGAUUCGAUACGCCGUGUACCAAGUACAAAUCACGAACGGCCUGAGUCCGGAAAUAAGCUCGAUGCUUGUGCAGGAACUUAUCAAUCAGUUAAGCGAAAACGUCUCGGUGGCCUCCAGAAAUCAUUUCAAGUCUCCGCCGCAAUCACAACUCUCGGCAAUGGCGAUACACAGGACGGUAACGUCUCGUCCGUCGAUCCCUUUCGAGGAAUCCUCCGAAGAACCUCUAUACAUCAUCACACCAACAUAUCGAAGACCCGAACAAAUUCCUGAACUCACGAGAAUGGCCCAUACCUUGAUGCUGGUCAAAAAUAUACAUUGGCUUGUCAUCGAAGACGCUACCGUCGCUACCAAGCAAGUUACCACAUUAUUGGAAAGGACGGGCUUGAAGUUCGAUCAUUUAAUCGCUCCGAUGCCGGAGAAGUACAAGCUUAAAAAGGGCGCCAAGCCGCGAGGGGUGUCGAAUAGAAAUCGUGGUUUACAAUGGAUCAGAACGAAUGCCACAAAAGGCGUGUUCUACUUCGCCGACGACGACAAUACUUAUGAUAUUGAACUUUUCAACGAGAUUCGCAAGACAAAAACAGUGUCGAUGUUUCCGGUGGGACUGUGCACCAAGUUCGGACUGAGUUCGCCAAUCUUGAAGAACGGAAAAUUCGCAGGGUUCUAUGAUGGUUGGGUAGCUGGACGGAAGUUCCCGGUGGACAUGGCUGGAUUCGCCGUGAACGUCAAGUUCCUGCAUCAGCGACCAAACGCCACCAUGCCGUUCCGCGCGGGAUACGAGGAGGACGGGUUCCUGAAGAGCCUGGCACCGUUCGAGCCACGGGACGCCCAACUGCUGGCGGACAAUUGCACUAAGGUGCUAGCCUGGCACACACAGACGAAGAAGAACGAACCGAGCGCGCCGUUGGACAUGAAGCUUUAUGGCGCGACGAAUCUGGUGAAGCUCAAGCAGCAGAUAGUAUGAUGUCGGCCGGGACAACGAAGAUGCGUGAACUCGAACCUGAAUCUUGUGUGUAAUCCCGCCCCUCCUUCGCACUAGUUCAUCGGUGUCACUCCAGGGGAAUUCCUAGGUGCGGAAAACUGUGCGAUUCAGUGCCUAAAAGUAUAUCUACCCUCUCUCUCACGGCGAGAGCGGGAAAGUCGUUAUUACCUUUAAGCAUAGCCGAUAAAACGAAUCGUUUUUUUAUCAGCUUUUACACAUCCGCAACAAAUAACUCGCCCCGAAGACAUCCUUUGCUCCGAGAAAGAAUACCGCGGUGGAAAAAAAGAAUAAAAUAGGACCCUCGGGGCAAUGCUAUAACUCGAUACAAUGCAGAUAGAAAUUUACGCGUAGAGUCCGAAAUGAUCUAUUACUGUUACUUUUUGGCAUUCCUACUUUCGUGAAGCGAUGCACGGAAAGAUCAGUUUUGCUAAAUCUAAAAAUUUAGCUAGAUACUGAAGAUAAUUUUGAAUCUACACCAAAGAAAU